CAGGCACGUGCUUGGACACCUAUGAAGACCACGACGCAGCCAUCUCGGCGUGCUGCGUGGACUUCGAGCGGCGGCAGGUGCUGAGCGCUUCGGACGACGGGCACGUCAACCUCUGGCACAUGGGGGACCUUCAGCGGAUAUGCAAGAUGAGGGCGCACACGGACAGGGUGACCAAGAUGCAGGCAUACAUCACGAGGGGCCAAUGGUCUCUGGCUCUGCCGACCAGUCGGCGCUGGUCUGGGACAUGGCUCCCGAACCCUCGGCCCUGCCGAGGCCACUCGCUGACCGUCAGGGACCUCGCCGUGGACUUCGAGAGCCGGCGCGCGGCGACGGCCUCCGACGACGGCACGGUCCGCCUAUGGGGUCUCGACGACCUGGCGUGCACGGCCGUGCUCGAAGGCCACGCGGACAGCGUGACCACGGUCCGCGGCAGAUUCGACAGGAACAUGUUGAUCAGUGGAUCCGCGGACUACACCAUGAAGUUGUGGAGCUUGGAGUCGCUCGAGUGAGACGUUCUAUGGACACUCCGACAGCGUCGUGUCGCUCUUCGCCUAGCUCGCGUAGGACCCGGACCCCAUUCGCCGGGGCGCCAGCGCCGCGCCGCUCUCCCUCGCUCCGCGCAUCUCGCCCUUCGCCUGGGCAGGCCCGCUCUGCCUGGCCCGGCGUGGCCUCGCCCUGUCUCGCGUGACCCCUCUGGCGUCUCGCCUCGUGCCGCCUCGAGGCCCGGUCGGGGUGCCACGGUGGGCACUGCAAGGCUUUGCCGGUUGGCGGGGUGGCCGUGCAGGCCGCGCCUCGUCCCAGGGCCCUGGGCCUUUGGCUCGCCCGCUUCCCCUCGCGCUCUCGUUGCGCGCCUCUUCGGGCGUCGCGGGCUGUGCCUCCUCUUCCUCCUCCUCCUCCUCCUCCUCCUCUUCCUCCUCCAUUUCCUCCCCCUCCUCCUCCUUCUCCUCUCCCUCCUCCUCUUCCUCCUCCUCCAGUUCCUCCCCUCCUCCUCCU